AUGAGCCCUUUUUCAAGUCAAAGAGGCGAUUCUGACUUCACCGGAGCGCUCACAUUUUGCGUCUGCUCGUUGGGCAUCGCCUUCCCUUUUAUCAUCGGCAUAUUGGCUUACAUCACAGCUUGCAACCUUGAUGAAUUGGACGAAAACGUGCCGACUUCGCUCAUCUCGCUCGCAACUCAAAAUGCAGAUAAACAACCGACCCCGAGUUUACGACAUCAUUUCUAUACAAAACCAAAGCACAGGAGAUUUUCAAGAGUCGGGUCUUCAAUCAGAAAGGAAGAAAAAGAAAACGGAAAGCCGAGAACAAGCUUUUCAGAUUCGGUGAAAAAGAUGAACGAAAAUUUUAUUACCAGCUACAACUCAAGUUUCAAACGAAGAUCUAAAACUUCUCUGUGA